AUGGAUACAGAAGUCGGUCACCCCACGGAAUCCCUCUUUCGCUCUUCGAAGCGACGCAAGUUCAUCCGACGACGCCCCAAUGACGCGGAAGAGUCCGCCGCGACUGAGCCCACGGCGACUACCCAUGAUAAUGAUGCCACAACACCGUCUACUGCCGAUCAGGAACAAUCCGCACAAUCUACAGGCAUUGCUCGUCCCCGGCGCCCACACCAAGUUCGAAAAGCAGGCAUAGCAUUCUCAACCACCUCGCGACUCAGCAAAAAUGAACCAGAGAGGGCGUUAAUCUCCUCCGAAGACAUGGAGACGGAAAAAAUCCAGGCCAUGUCUGACCGAUUUACAACCUACACAGGACAAUCCGAAGAUGUGGAUAAACACAUGAUGGCUUAUAUAGAUUCCGAGAUGGCUAAACGAUAUAAUCGUAGCCCACAGCCAGAUAAUGUUGAAACCCAUGACCAGGCAGAUGUAUUCAAAUCCGAUGCGCCAUUAAUAUCCGAGGCACAGCGUGAGCCAGCAUCACUUGGAAAGCUACAUGAAAUCGAUCUUGGUCAGGAGGCGAAGAUGCGCAAUAUCGCACGUACUGAAGCUGCGACUCGACGAUUGAUUGGUGAUGAAGAGUCUUCGAUGACCGGGGAAUCUGAAGUACAACCAGACCGUUCUGGCCCAGAUAAGCCAUGGCGCAACCGUAAGCGUCGCAACAGUGCCGCUCUUGAACGCGACCGCCUUGUGGAGGAGGUAUUGCGAGAAAGUAAACUGGAUGUCUACGAUGAACCAGAGGAAGAAAUGUUAGCAGAUGACCAAGCGGCGGAUGAUCGGAUAGCCGAACAAUUCCGCCGAGAAUUUAUGGAUGCGAUUCAAUCCCGGCGACGAGUUCGAGCCGCCCGUACGACCAAGACUGACAGCAAGACCGAAGCACCAAAGGGACCUAAGCUGGGAGGUAGUCGCAGUGCGCGUGCUGCUAUGCGAGAAAUGCAAGGCAAGACUGGACAGAAGUGA